CGCAUGCUCAGUGGGGCGAGCUGUAGGCGCAAAGCCCGCCCUGCUCUGUGGCCGGGAUCUGCAUCCGGGUCGCGGCUUGCGGCUGUGCCCAUUGUCUGGGUUACCGGCCCGGACUCCGCCAGCGCCGAGGAGCGGGAAGGCGACCGGGGCGCUUGCCGCCGCCGCCUCCCGAGCCCGCCCUUCGCCUCCUGGUCCCGCCGCCGGCUUUAUGGAUCGCAGUUCGAAGAGGAGACAAGUGAAGCCUUUGGCAGCUUCACUGCUGGAAGCUUUAGAUUAUGAUAGCUCAGAUGACAGUGAUUUUAAGGUUGGAGAUGCCUCAGAUUCUGAAGGAAGUGGUCGUGGGAGUGAAGAUGCAUCAAAGGACAGUGGUGAAGGUUCCUGUAGUGAAUCAGAAGAGAAUGUCUUGGAGGAAGAAUUGGCAGAAGAAAUGAAAGUAGAGGAAGAACAGCAACCCAAAACUUCUGCUGGAGAAAUUAUACUUACAACAGAGAAGGAGGUGAUUAAGACUGAAAAAAGAGAACAGGAGGAAGAAGAUGAGAGGCCAAAAAAGAAAAAAGAGAAAGAAAAAGCAACUGAAACUGAUGCUGCUGCUGAUGAGCAAACAAAUGAACCGAAAAAGUGGAAUUUGCGUAGGAACCGACCUCUGCUGGAUUUUGUAUCGAUGGAAGAGCUAAAUGAUAUGGAUGAUUAUGACAGUGAGGAUGACAACGACUGGCGACCUACUGCUGGGAAGAAGAAGGGAAAAACUGCUCUGCGGAAAGAGGGAAGUGAUGGAGAUAAUGAGGAGGAUGAAGAUGAUGGAAGUGGUAGUGAUGAGGAUGACAAUGAUGAGGAAGGCAAUGAGGAUAACAGCAGCACUGCUAGUGAUGGUGGAUCCAAGAAAAAGAAACAUAAAGUUCUUAGCAGGAAUAGUGCUGAUGAUGAGGAGCUGACAAAUGAUAGCCUCGCUCUAUCACAAAGCAAGAGUAAUGAGGACUCACUGAUCCUUGAAAAGUCUCAAAACUGGACCUCCCAGAAAAUGGACCAUAUUCUGAUUUGCUGUGUUUGUCUUGGGGAUAACAGCGAAGAUGCUGAUGAAAUAAUCCAGUGUGACAAUUGUGGAAUAACAGUGCAUGAAGGUUGCUAUGGUGUUGACGGAGAGAGUGAUUCUAUUAUGAGCUCAGCUUCAGAAAACUCCACUGAACCUUGGUUUUGUGAUGCAUGCAAAUGUGGGGUAUCUCCUAGCUGUGAACUAUGUCCCAAUCAAGAUGGAAUCUUCAAAGAGACAGAUGCUGGCAGGUGGGUCCACAUUGUUUGUGCCCUCUAUGUUCCAGGAGUGGCAUUUGGAGAUAUUGACAAGCUGCGGCCAGUAACGCUUACUGAAAUGAACUAUUCUAAGUAUGGUGCCAAGGAAUGCAGUUUUUGUGAAGACCCUCGUUUUGCCAGAACUGGUGUUUGCAUUAGUUGUGAUGCUGGCAUGUGUAGAGCUUAUUUCCAUGUGACCUGUGCUCAGAAAGAAGGCCUGCUGUCAGAAGCAGCAGCUGAAGAGGACAUAGCAGAUCCUUUUUUUGCUUAUUGUAAACAGCACGCGGACAGGUUAGACAGAAAAUGGAAACGGAAGAACUACUUGGCUUUACAGUCUUAUUGUAAAAUGUCCUUGCAGGAAAGAGAGAAACAGCUCUCACCAGAAGCGCAGGCCCGAAUCAAUGCCAGACUGCAGCAGUAUCGUGCCAAGGCAGAAUUAGCUCGUACCACCAGGCCUCAGGCAUGGGUUCCCAGGGAGAAGCUGCCACGACCACUCACUAGCAGUGCUUCAGCCAUACGUAAGCUGAUGCGCAAAGCUGAAUUAAUGGGAAUUAGUACAGACAUCUUUCCCGUGGACACUUCAGAUACCAGUUCCAGUGUGGACGGAAGGAGAAAACAUAAGCAACCGGCUCUGACUGCUGAUUUUGUGAAUUAUUAUCUUGAGAGAAAUAUGCGCAUGAUUCAGAUCCAAGAAAAUAUGGCUGAACAGAAGAAUAUUAAGGAUAAACUAGAAAAUGAGCAAGAAAAACUUCAUGUGGAAUAUAACAAGCUGUGUGAGUCCUUGGAAGAGCUACAAAAUAUGAAUGGAAAGCUACGAAAUGAGGGGCAAGGAAUAUGGACUCUCCUGGGUAGAAUCAUUGGGCAGAAAUUGAACAUUCCAGCAAUUUUGCGAGCACCCAAGGAGAGGAAACCAAGUAAAAAGGAAGGAGGAACACAAAAGACGUCUACGCUUCCAGCAGUACUUUAUAGUUGUGGAAUUUGUAAGAAGAACCAUGAUCAACACCUCCUCUUACUGUGUGAUACCUGUAAACUACAUUAUCAUCUUGGGUGUCUGGACCCUCCUCUUACAAGAAUGCCAAGGAAGACUAAAAACAGUUAUUGGCAGUGCUCCGAGUGUGACCAGGCAGGUAGCAGUGACAUGGAAGCAGAUAUUGCCAUGGAAACCUUACCAGAUGGGACCAAGAGAUCAAGGAGGCAAAUUAAGGAACCAGUGAAAUUUGUUCCACAGGAUGUGCCACCAGAACCAAAGAAGAUUCCAAUCAGAAACACGAGAACUAGAGGACGAAAACGAAGUUUUGUGCCUGAAGAAGAAAAGCCUGAGGAACGUAUUCCUAGAGAAAGACGGCAAAGGCAGUCUGUUCUACAAAAGAAGCCCAAGUCAGAGGAUUUAAGAACUGAAUGUGCUACGUGCAAGGGGACUGGAGACAAUGAAAAUCUAGUCAGGUGUGAUGAAUGCAGACUCUGCUACCAUUUUGGUUGUCUGGACCCUCCUUUGAAAAAAUCUCCAAAACAGACAGGCUAUGGAUGGAUAUGUCAAGAGUGUGAUUCUACUUCCUCUAAAGACUCUGAACCGUCAAAUGAAGUGGUCUCAGAGGCCCCAGGUAAUGUGGUACCCUCCACUUCAAGAAGCAUCUCUGAAGAGCUGGUAGUGGUGGCACAGAAACAUCCAGAAGAGAAUUCACAGGAAAAUUCCUAGUUUCCCUUUCUCUCUGAUUGCUAAAAGAGCUUCACCCUGGAUGAAUAGAAUGACAAGGUGGGAUCUGCUCCUGUUCUACCCUUCUUCCCUCAUGAUCUUUAUUAUACUUGUCUUGUUUCAAAUUAGAUUGUAAUCUCUUUGUGGUAGUGAUCAUGUCCACAUAUAUGUUUACAGUGCAUAGAUAAUAAAGAGCUCUGAACCUUAUUUAGGGCUUGGGACACUACCACAACACAAAUAAUCAUAAAAAGUUAAUAACAUCUUUGCAAUUUGGUGUUUUUGCCUUACUUGUGUGACAUUAGGGACUAAGGCAGUUACUGUAGAUUAGAGUACAUGGGAUGCAGAAACAUGGUAGUUAAAAAUAAUUGUUUUACAAUAUCAUGCUUUAAGUUAGAUAUCUUGUUUCUGUAGUUUCAACACUUACGCUUUUCUGAAUAAAAGCUAAAAUUUGUAGUUGGUUUAUAAUGCUGUUGUACUCACAACAUCCAUAUCACUCACAAAAUCCAUACUAAACACAUAAGGACGUUUUCUGCUUUAUUAUAAUGAAGAGCUGCUGGAGUUAAGGUUAUAUAGCAGUUUCCAUCAUAACACCAGACUUUAUUUUCACUCACCUGUAACUUGCUGAACAUGCUCAUGCUUAUUCUGCAUGACAGCUUUCUUUUUUCUUUUAAGGUUGGAGCAAUUAUAGUUCAGCUGCUUUUAUGUGAGGAAAGUGAGGAAAUGGCACUUUUCUCAUUUUAUAUAUAGUGACUGGCCUACAGUCCACAUGGCUGAAGGUUAAAAGAUGAAAUUUGGGAUGGAAAUGGUCCUUUUUGAGGAGGAAUGCCUUUCAUUGUUUCAAGGAAAACCAGUUUGGAUUCAACAGAUCCUGCAAUCUGAUCUGCAGGGGUAGACCUUUGCACCCAUGUGGAGCCGAGUUGACUUCAGCAGGAUUUUAUGCAGGAAGAUCCAGCUGCAGAAUUAGUUCAUAUCUUUAUAAUUCAUGUAGUAACCAUGCACAGUACAAUUUUUUACUAAAUCCACAAAAUGCACACCUUAGGACGGCUAUAUUAUGCAUGCAAGUAUGCCUAACCUAGCUGCACACUAAAUUCAAUAGUCUACUGAAUUACACCAGACUCACUGGAGCAGGGCUAUUUUCCAAAUGUUUAACAGAAAUUUAGGCCAAAAUAUACUUUUUUUAUAAAAAAGAAUUCUUGCAUCCUGAUUUUGAAUAGUCCUUGAGCUGAUAUACCUGACAUUUUAAAGUUUGGUUGACAUGGAAAUAACCCUUCCCUAGUCUUAGCCCAGAAGAAAUUGGUUUUCAUUUCACUGUCUUGAGUUUGAAAAUCAGGUUUUGCUCAGUAUAUUUUUUGCAAAACUCAUUAGGAGUGAUGGCAGUAGUUGCAUGGGUAGCUAAAUUUACUUCAGAGUAAACUGGCUAGUCACUUAUGGCUGAGGUAUUUAGGUACUGUUUGAUUAUGUUCUGUUGUUUGAGAAAAAGUAUGUGAUAGUGUAAUUAAAUACAGUACUUUAAUGUGUACACAAGAGGGGAAGAAUUUAUGUGUGCAACCCUAACUUCAGCAUUGCUGAAUCAUCAUUCUAGAGAAUUGCGAAUAAUAUUUGCUUUCCAUAAAAUUAUAUUCUGGUG